AUGGCCUAUUUGCAAGGUGGCUCGGUCUGGGAAAGUGUGGCGCCCGGUGAAGGCUACAGCAGCAGCAAGCUCCGAUUUAUUAUUUUCGCGUUGCUGGGCUCGGUCCUCGUCUCCCAAGGUUUGUUCGGCGCACCAAAGCCCGCUGGGCAGACUGGAGGUCUCUUUGGGGGAGGUAGUUUCGGCGGCAGCACAUUAGGACAGUCAACACAGCAGCAGCCGCAACAGCAACAACAGCAGCAGCAAUCCGGCAUGAGCUUGUUCGGAGGACAGAACCAGAACCAGACCCAGGGAGGCGCAUUCGGCAACUCCAUGGCUCAGUCUCAGCAGCCGCAGCAACAACAGCAGCAACAGCAGCAGCAACAACAAAUGCCCAGCCUGUCGCAAUCGCAAGCACAGCUCUCGAGCUCACUCUGGCAACCCGGAAGGGAUACGCCUCAGAACCAAAAGCCCAUUCCCGAACAAAUGUCCCUCAUCUUCGAGAAGUGGAACCCCACGAACCCCAACUGCGCGUUCAAGCACUACUUCUACAACAAAGUCGACGAAGCCUCCGUCCCCUUCUACAAGCCUGGCCCACACGAAGACCCGAGAGACUGGGAGGAGGCGCUGCAGAAGAAACCCGCGCCGGGCUACAUCCCGGUUCUCUGCACAGGCUUCUCUGGCGUCGCGGCCCGCCUCCAGACGCAGAAAAAGGUAGUGGGGGAACUCAACGUGCGCCUGCACCAGAUCAACGCCAGCCUUGACGCCAUCCUCUCGCGGCACGACCUCGAGACCAGUGUGCGUGCCCUUGCGGCCCGUCGCCGUCACGUCGUCCUUCGCGAGCGGUGUCUCGCGCUGGCUGCCCGCGUGCAAGUGCUGCGCAACCGCGGAUACGCUCUGAGUGGUGACGAGGAUGAUUUGCGACUCAAGCUGGCGGAGCUGGAGCGCAACGUGCAGGAUCCUGCUCUGGCGGCGAGAGAGGAGGAGCUCUGGAGCCGGUUGAUCGUGCUCAGAGACUACGCGGAUCAGCUGAUGAAGGAGACGAAUAAGCCUGCUUUUGCGAGCGGCGAGGGUUUGAGCGAGGAGACUGAGCACAAGACGAAGAAGGUCUUGGAAGAUUAUGAGAAACAAAUCCAGCAUCUCAAGAAGGAAGUCGAGUCCAUUACAAAAGACUUUGCGGACUGGGAGAAAGAGCGGAACCCGAGCUAG